AUGACAAAUACGUCGUUCAGUGAUGCAAGUUUAUCGUUAGAAAUUAGAGCUUUACACACGAGGAGGAAAAAAUUAUCAGUCACUCAGGAUUCUGAAAUUUAUUCGAAAAAACAGCCGUUGCUUGCCAAUGCUUCUGUAUCAUUACCAUUAAUCAUUCAAACAGCAGGUGUACCAAUACAUGUUUAUACUCAUUCUCUAGAAUCAGAAGCUUUACAGCAACUGAUUACAUUAGCUGAAAGUGGAAUCGCCGAGGAAUUUGUUGCAUGUAUGCCGGAUGCUCACGUAGGUGUUGGAGCCACGAUUGGCACGGUUUUUGCUUCGAGAUCACAUAUUAGUCCCUAUGCUGUUGGUUCUGAUAUCGGAUGUGGAAUGUGCGCAGUCCCCAUUCAAGGAUUAACGAUCUCGAAUUUGAAGAAAAAAUGGAAAACUGAAAUUCAACAAUCGAUUAAACAGCGUAUACCAACCGGUCACGAUUCUCGAUCAAAACCAUAUCCUAAACUUGGAACACUUGGAAGCGGUAAUCAUUUCAUCGAAGUCUUAUACGACGAAACAGAGCAAAUAUGGGUUAUGCUACACAGUUUAGCUGGUAAACAAAUGAAAAAGAAAUGUUUACCAAUUAAAAAUGAAUUAAAAUAUUUAUCAAUAGAAUCUCAAGAAGGACAAGAUUAUUUGCUCGAUAUGAAUUGGUGUUUGAAUUAUGCAAAACAGAAUCGAAGUAUAAUGAUGACUAUUUUGUGUGAUAUCAUGAAACAAGUAACCGGCUAUAGUGCUGAUAAAAGUCGAAUAGUGAACAUACAUCACAAUUAUUGUCAAACUGAAGAUGUCUAUAUAGAAAGUAAAAACACAACGGAAACACUUUAUAUAACACGAAAAGGUGCAACAAGCGCACGUAAAGGACAACUCGGUAUUAUACCAGGAUCAAUGGGCGAAGGAUCAUUUAUUGUCGAAGGGUUAGGUGAUCCAAAAUCAUUUUAUUCUUGUUCACAUGGGGCUGGUAGAUUGCUCUCAAGAACCGAAGCAAUGAAAAACAUUAGUCAAGAAGAUUUUGAAAACGCAAUGAGUGGCAUUACGUGUGAUGUUAAUGCUGCAUUACGGGAUGAGUGUCCACAAGCCUAUAAGGAUUUAACUAUUGUUAUGGCUAAUCAGUCCUCAUUGACUCGUGUAGUUCACCGUUUGAAACCACUUGUUAAUGUCAAAGGAAUAUCAGCAAGAAAUAUUCGAACCCGAGAAAAGAAGUCGAAAAAACAUCGAGAGUUUUUCAUGACCAUGUGA